UUCAUCUCUACAAACAAGUGAAAGAAGAAAUGGCCCGCGCAAGCUCGGUUAACAGUCAGUGACGCCGCCACGUUUGGCGAGAAACGAUGUGUAUAGAAGGAGCUAACGUUGCGUACGUAAUUAUACGAAAGAGUGUAUAAAACAAUGAUGGACUUAAAGGAGAUAAUUAAAUGGUUCAUACCAUGCUUCCACAUAUUGCUAAGAUUAAUACGACAUUCCCGUUUAAUAUUUAUCUCUAUUUUACUUCUAAAUAUUGCUGCAACCCACAGUGCUUUGGUGAAAAGUGAACAAAACGAAACCAAAAAUAUAGACUUAAGUGUUAUAUAUAAAGUUAAAAACCAAAGUGAUUAUGUUACGGACGUUUUUCAAAAAGAAUCAACGAAUGAGAGAUCUCUUGGCAGGACGUUCGGGCGGCCAUUCAAGAAGUUGGCUGCGGCGCUGAUCCCGCUGGCGUUUCAGAUCGGAGCGGCAUCCACGUGGGCGGUGAUUGCGGCACUCGUGGGCGUGAAGACGCUCGUCAUCACCCUCAUCAUUCUGAAGUUGCUGUUGGUAGCUGGAGCUGCUAAGAUUGGCGCACUCUUUGGUCAGAAAGGUCACUAUAGCGGGGGCUGGGAGGCCCCACAUCCACAUCAAAAGGAAAUACAUCUUCACAUACAUAACGGUCAUCAUGAAACUCACGAUGAACCGAGUUUAAGUUCAUGGAGUAGAGAUGGCGCUCUUGACGGUGUAGAUAGCAACAUCAAUGUUAUGUUAGAGCCAUACGCAGCAGGACCUCAAACUAUAAGCACACCUUACGGAAAUUACGUCAAAGUUGAACCCUCUACCGGUCAAAACUCACCGACCACCGCUUUUUACUAAAAUAUUAAGAUGGUAAAAGGCGAGGAGAGAAUGUAGCAGUGUUCCUUGAAGAUAUUAUGGAAACGGAUUUAGAGUGGAUAAACGAUUGCGACAUGUUUUAUCACACCUCGGUCAUCGUUCUUAGGCCAUGGCCAUGUCUUCGUUUAUUUUAUUUCAUUCCAUAGAGAAUGGGCCGACCUAUCUAGCGCGUUUAGUAAAUUUGGGUGUAAAUUGAUUGGGAAAAAAUUGUCUUAACUUUAACAAUCGAGUGUAAAUUAGUCGUAGAGACAACGUUACAGAGCAAAGUAGUAUUAAUAGCGAAGUCGUUAAUUUUAUUAAACUUAUUUAGGUACUUGGUAGUUGGUGCCUACGAAUAAAUGAUAUAAAAUAUCAAAAAUAAUAUUAUUAUAAGACUGGGUUAAUAAAAAAAUAAAACAAAACGUUUCUAAGUUACAUCAAAACUUUAUUUGAUAUAAUACUUUAAAUACCGCCAAUUUCCAGGUUUCUAUACACCUUCGGAACUACCUACACAUCGAUGAGAACGAUUCAGCGGCCAUCACACAGCGAUCACGUACCGUAUCACCCUGUAAUAAGACUCAAAAUUAUAUCGAUUACACUGUGACCCUACGUUGAACUUAAAUGGUUUGAAAGUUAAGAUAAAACCCCUGCUCUGCAUUUUGCCAACGGUAACAGGAUUGCAUGUGGCUUCUUGCGGUUCCUUUGAGUGUUCUUUUGAUGAUGUUAUGAACAUGAAAUAUUGUCAAAGAUAUCUUGAGUCUACCAAUUGCUGUGGUCGAGGAAAUGAACCUAUUUAUUAGUAGGAGUCUAAGAGAAUUAUAAUAUGUGGGUACUAUAAUAUUUAUAUCCAAGGUUAAUACCUUGCAUAUACAUACACCUUAAUAGGUGCAUCAUAUGAAUUAUGACAAAAUAUUAUAAACUAUGGUAAAUGCUACAAACGUAACUUAAUUCUUGCAUACUUUGUACCUCUUAACGGAUAUAGAGUACUGACUACUGUGUAGGUGGUGAGUUUUUGGCAAGACUCCAUUUUAGUUAAUAGCGCCAUCUAGUUUCAUAAAGCAAUCAUAUUUCCUCAUUUUUCAUAUCAAGGCUAAAUAAAAAAAGCACGGGUUUAUAUCAUAAUUUUCAAUAAUAAUUUAUAAAUAAUUGGAAUUAUUUUAAGAAAUAUUUAUUUUUAUUUAUAAGAACAUUCAAGAUUCCUGUGCUUGUAUUAUUUAAGUUAAUAUAAUAAAUUAUUCUUAAAUCUUUAA